CGUCGGUUGUUUAAAUGGGGCCGUGUCACAAAUGUCCUUGAUUUAUUGGAUAUAUAUGAAUUUCUUUCUCCAUAAAAGAUGAGGGUAUUGUAAUUCCUUGCCAGGAAUCUUCCAUGACAAUGCGGACGUUUGCGAGCAUGGCCAAACCAGGCGUUACCUCAGCUCUUCCACUCAAGGAAAUCCCAGGCUCCUACGGCCUGCCAUUAGUCGACUCUCUCGUCGAUCGCUUCGACUACUUCGUCACUGAAGGCGCGGAGAACUUCUUCAAGACCCGAAUACAGAAAUACAAGAGCACUGUGUUAAGAGUAAACAUGCCGCCUGGUCCGCCCAUCGUGUCGGAUCCCCGGGUGAUAAUGCUCCUCGACGCCAAGACCUUCCCCACGCUCUUCGACCUCACCAAAGUCGACAAGAGAGACGUGCUCACCGGAGCCUACAUGCCCAGCACCGAUUUCACCGGCGGCUACAGGACAGCUGUCUACCAAGAUCCAUCAGAAAAAACUCACGGAAAGCUCAAGGCCUUCUGCUUCGAGGUGCUCAAGAUGUCCCGCCCAAGGAUCUUUCCCGAAUUUACCAAGGCAUUCGACGAGCUGUCUGUGGAAGUCGAAAAAGAAUUCGAGAAUGAAGGGAAGGCCUCUUUCAGCGACAAAGUGGACGAUUUAAUAUUCAAUUUUCUAUGCCGGGCGCUCAUCGGGGCCGAUCCAGUUGCUCCUGGCCCGGCUAGCCUGGGAAACAGCGGGCCUACGCAUCUUAAGACCUGGCUCGCGCCGCAGCUCGCCCCAAUCGCCAGUUCGGGCAUUUUGCCCAAGGUUCUCGACGAACUCACAAUACACACCAUUACUCUCCCGUUCGCUCUCGUCUCCCGGGAUUAUAAGAAGCUCUAUGAUUUUGUCGACACGCGCGGAUCUGCCCUUCUGGAUGUGGCGCAAAACGAGAUGGGGCUUCAAAGGGACGAGGCCUGCCACGACCUCCUCUUCCACAUCGGCUUCAACGCCUUCGGUGGAAUGUUCAUAUUAUUCCCCAGUAUUGUCAAGUAUAUUGCCAAGGCGGGCCAAGAUUUGCAGAGAGAGAUCGCCAAAGAAGUGCGUGGUGCAGUGGAGGCAAACGGAGGGCUGAAUAUGAAGGCAUUGGAGUCGAUGCCGCUACUGCGCUCCGUGGUCUACGAAGUGCUGAGAAUGGACCCACCAGUGCCGUUGCAGUACGCGCGGGCGAGGAAAGACUUCAUGGUGGAGUCGUACGACGCGCAAUAUGAGAUAAAGGAAGGAGAGCUGCUGGGUGGGUAUCAGCCGCUGGCCACCAAGGAUUCUCAUGUUUUUGCCAAUGCCGAGGAGUUUGUUCCUGGGAGGUUUCUUGGAGAGGAAGGGGAAAAGCUUUUGGAGUAUGUACUGUGGUCUAAUGGGCGGGAAACGGAUGAGAGCACGGUUGACAAUAAACAGUGCGCAGGGAAGGAUAUUGUUCCAAUGGUCGCCAGGCUUUUGGUGGCUCAUCUCUUUCUCCGCUAUGAUUCUUUCGCUGUGGACGAGUCGUCCUCUUCGGCUAUCUUUACGCAACUCACCAAGGCUUCUUAGAAAGAUAAGAUACAACCUAAUCUUUCCUUCGCAUAUGUUUGUACUUGUUAUGCUAAUUGUGUCAUUCAAAAGCUGAAUUAGUUGGCAAUCUGCCUUUCCAUGUUUAAGACGGAUAUACAUCUAGUUGCGUAUUAUAUUUCUGAUCAUCAUAAUGUCAUACACUGUGAUCUCUGCAGACACCGUCAUUGAUUUGGGUGUCUGCAAUUUCACAUUAAUCGGCUUAUUUAGCGCAUGCGAUGCCUUUUUAA